AUGUUAUUCUCCAUCCUGAUCAUCGUUACUACUAUUUCCUUCAGUCAAGGUGGAUGGAAUGAGACUAUCGUUCGUCAAAAUCGUCCUCUCUCAUCAGCUUUCUUUGAUGAAAUUAUCGUUGACGGUCCUUUCGAUACAUUUUUAAGUGAAUUAAAUGGAAAGUCUCUUCCUACUGUUGACAUUGAAACAACUGUCAAUGCGCAAAAAUAUAUUAUUGUUGAAAUUGUCGAUAACCAUAUUCUUUCAAUUCGUGUCAAAAGUGCAUUAGUUGUCCAUAGAAAUAUCAAUAAUUACAUUCAAUUUCAGUCGCCAUUAAAACGUUAUACGAUUAAAGGUACAGGUAACACAAAGACAAAUGAUAAUUGCAUAUCAAAUACAGGUGAUGAGAAAUUUGUAUUGGAGAAUCGUGGUACAGCUAAUGUUGCUAUUCAAUUGCAUGUGAAUGAAUUUGAAUAUUAUUUAUUUGGUACUGGUAAUAGUCGUUUUUGGGGUCAAGUACGAGAACAAGCUACCUAUGUAACAAAAGGUGUUGGUGAUGUUAAUGCUAUGAAUUUGUUAACUAAGCAAGUGAAAGUGAAUUCGGCUGGAGUGAGUACGAUACGCAUAGCUGCAACAGAUAAUGCUCAAAUUGAAGUCACUGGGGUAUCCACUAUAUACUAUCGAUUACCACUUGGAAAAGAGCUCGAUAAAGGAAGUUCAACUGGUCUUGGACAAAUAAUUCGUGUUUCUUAA